GUCCACGCAUCCUCUCCUUGAGUUCGGGCUGCUUCCGCUUUGUUUGAGUCGUCCGAAAUUUGGUAGAGGAACAUCCACGUGUAGAAUACAAGUUCAAUACCCAGGUUUGACAGCUUACUCCACCCUCUAUUCUCCAUUUUCAACAUUCAACACUUGACGAAUGCCUGAGAUGGUCGGACAUACCUCUUCCAGAGGCGAUCACAAUGAAGGAGAGUUUACCCAAACGGACGAGCAGACCGCUCUGAAGCAGCUUCUGACGGUCGCUACAACCGUCCUGUCCCAAGCAGUCGAUUUAGUGGAUAAUGUUUUGACUUCGGAUGACCAGCUAACAGUGCAGUCGCAAUACCUGCCUGGUUCGACCAUCGGCAAACAUCUUCGACAUGCUCGCGAUCACUUUGUCAUCCUACUAGACUGCAUCUCGUCUUCGCCGCCGUACAUUUUCAACUAUGACGUCCGAUCGAGGAAUACACCCAUGGAGACAAGCUUGCAAGCUGCUCGCAAUGCUCUACUGCAGACCAUCACUCAACUGGAGACCGUGGUUCCUAAUGCUCGUCUAGACGAAUCCAUGACCCUGAAUGCCAUCACGCCCUUCCCGCAGGUAUUACAGACGUCCUUCGGGAGAGAGCUGUGGUUUGGCGCGCUACACGCGGUGCACCACUGGUCAAUGAUUCGUGUCAUAGCAGGGGAAAUGAACCUCACACUCGAGGAGUCCUUCGGCUUUGCACCCUCAACUCUGGUCCACAAGGGGAGCGACGCGCCACUAGGGAAAGCGAAAUAUUAAUGGUAGACAUUGGACUUCCGUUCGUUGACCGUGUGUGUAGUAGCAUUUGGUAGCAAGGGUCCUUUGCUACACCGGAAUACAUGGAUUCUAUUUCACUGUCA